UGUUGCUAAUAGCCACCGGAGAUGUGUGUGUCAUGUACGGCCGGCAGAAAGGGGACAGGAGCCAGUUGUAUCCGACGGACACUUUCGGAACCGAUUACGUCAUCAUGACUCCCAGUACGUCUAUAAACAUGUCUUCGACGGUUUACAUCUUACCUCAAGGGAUUCCAAAAACUUUGACCAACGUCACGCUGACCGUCAACAGCAACAGUUCUCUGUGUGACCUCCUUAUCUGCGGACUUGGGGACACGGAAUUCAAUUACACCAUUAAACCAAACGAGGUUCUGGCCUUGGACGAUGGUAAUUUGAUGGACGGCGUGAAAAUAAGCGCCAGCCGACCAGUCGGAGUUCUUGUUGCUGGUAUAUCAGCAUACGACCCACGAAAUGGGACGGUGUGUUUCGAACCCCCGAUAUCCACUUCGGAAAUGUUGCCACCGAUCACGACAUGGGGGAAAAUGUUCGUUGCUGUACCUUUGACGCCAGAAAUACUUGUCACUCUGAAAAUUACAGGUGAAACUAACGUGACGGUUACCCUGGAAACCACAGUGGCAUCAUAUAUGGUCAAAGACUCAGAUGCGCUUCAGUUGGACUUUCUAAAUGAAUGCUAUAUCAUGUUAAAAUCGGUUAAACCGAUCCAAGUGAUGUAUAUCACGAAUGUAAGUUCGUAUGACCAACAGACUAUGUACAAGAACGACUUCAUCUUGCCACCGUUGGAACAGUACAUAGGUUACCAGGCUUUUUCCCUGAAAAGCCAACACAAUGCCAGUUCGUUGGUCGCUGUCAGUCCGUCAACACUCGGAGACGAACCAUCGUCACAAGUUUUACUUGACUAUUACACCAACGAAACAGCUACUCACGUCUACAAGCUAACUCAGGAGAACGUAACGGUUACACGCGUUGGGAAUCUUCAAGGCACGUACCAUUCGAUCUUAGAUAUUAAAAUCAACACUUCUUAUGGAAUGCUUUACGACGCCGACCGAAGUAGUUUUAGUGUGCUGGGAAUGCGUUUAACAACCCUGAAUAAACAGUGUCAAGCAUUGAACACGUCUCGCAAUGCGUCAGAAAAUGGUAGCAGUGAGCAGUCGAACUGUAACGAACAGCUGUUAAACGGCGGUAACGAAACCUUUUUGUCGGUUUCCGACGAAUCGGGCCCGCUGUUGUCGUCACAGUCGGUGUUGGUUAAAAAUGAAGACAACUUUAAGAUGUCGUCACGGUUCUCGGUGAAAGGAAGUAAAGACGCCCACCAUAUUGCCGACACAUCUCUCAGUAGCAAUAUAGUGGCGGUGAUUGUCUCCCUUUCUGUUGCCUUAUUUGCCGUUUGUGUGGUGAUUGCUUCGUUCGUCUUGAUUGAAUUAAUCACAAGGCGAAAGCAGUUACGCAGCACAAAGAUCAGACCAUUCGUCUCUUAGUAAAUUCCUUUGCAUUAACAAAAAAAAAAAAGAAAAGAAAAUGGAGAGAAAUACGUGAAUAAUUUUAUUUAAAAAAAAAAGGAGAAACAAAAACAAAUAAAUCAACAAGUCGAUGAAUAUAAAUCCUCUGUAAUAACAACCAGAACAAUAACUCCAAGUAAUUACACAGUUUAUGUACGAAAUAGAAGUAAAUUAAUAUAAGAAAUAGAAACGAUGAUGAUAAAGAGAAGGAAGGUGUGGGAGAAGAAGCAGAUGAAGAAGAUGGCGGCGACAGCGAUGACGACGACGACGAUGACGACGAUGUUGAGAAUAAAUGAGAAGGGAGGGUGUGUAACAGUAGUAAUAAGAAUUAUUAUCAUUAUUAUUAUCAUUAUUAUUAUUAUUAUUAUUAUUAUUAUUAUUAUUAUUAUUUAUUAUUAUUUAUUAUGUCCAUAUUCAUGUUUCUGAUGAUAAUUAUGCUAAUGAUGAUGAUAAUGAUGAUGAUGAUGAUGGUGGUGGUUAUGGUAAUGCUGAUGAAAUACUGUUUCCGGUUUUAUCUAUGACAAUACAACAAUAACAAUAAUCACGUCAAUAGUAAUAACAACGACAACAAAGAUGGCGAAGACAAUAUCUGAGAAACAAAGACGAGGAGAGGAGAGAGAGAGAGAGAGAGAGAGUGUGUGUGUGUGUGUGUGUGUGUGUGUGUGUGUGUGUGUGUGUGUGAGUGAGUGAGUGAGUGUGUUUGUGUCUUGUCUCCUCCACUGCUUGACAACUGAUGCUGGUUUGUUUACGUCCCCGUAACACAGCGGUUCAGCAAAGAAACCGAUAAAGUAGAAACCAGGCUUUGAAAAUAAGUACUGGGAUCGAUCUGUUCGACAAAACUCUCUUCAGGGCGGUACCCCAGCAUGGCCGCAUUCCAAUGACGUCAAUAAAUAAAAGGUAAAACGUCAAUAAAUGAAGAGUAAAUAAAAAAAAUAGAGAUAGUAAGAACAAACAUAUAAGUAAGCCAUCUUGUUCGUUCAUUUACGUGACUAACGUGUGUGAACGAAGAAGAUAUUGAAGCAGCGAUAUCGGAUGGACACCAAGACGAAUUCAAAAAUUGUUGCCUGGUUAAUCACGCAGGCUCUGAGGGCAUGUCUUCGUUACGGUAGUCACUUUAUUCCUUAGAAGUAAGAACAAGCAAAUAAUAGGCUGACAUCUUAGACAACACACCACCUUCUCUGGUUCUGCUUUUUCCUUCUUCUUUUUUCACUUGGUUUUUCUAUCGAAAGAACUGAUCGAAAUCUUUGCAAAUUCGCUUCACGAGGAUCUAAUUUCUCCAAUAACUGAUGUGACAUAAUAAAAGAAAAUUAAUUUCUUAUU